AUGAUGCAGCAACCGCCAGAGCGUCACGAUCGUUUUCGAGACAAUUGCUUGGUGGAUACUUUCCGGGCCCUGGGCAUGAAGGUCCCUUACCAGCAGCACGGGCCCUUCUACGCUCUGAAGGACUAUGAGUCUUCUCUUCCAGUGCGAAACAUCGUUCCAUGCAGCUCUGACAUUUUGACGGUUUGCGAUGCAAAGUUCAUUGUGGCUCACGACGAACAUUUCGUUGCUGUCCGCCGAACCGUUGAUGAUGGGCUGCAGGUCAACUUCGGGAACCGCACUCACAAUUGGGUACCUCUGGCACUGCGGUCCACUAUCAGCAGAGCUUUCGAGUAUGACCACAUCUUGAACUUGUGGUGUCUGGACAUGUCCUUGUGCGAUGGGUUCUUUCAAGUCGUACCUGCUGAUCUUCAUACUUCUGUGGGUGGUGCUGACGUGUCCGGAGGCAAACAAGCCGAAACUUCGGCCAUGGAGGAAAUUGCGGGCAUUCUUGAUCACUUUCCAGUUUCAGCUCAGGAUUCCUACAUGAAUGUGCAGUUCCCGUUGCACAAUGACAAUGACUCCCGAUCGCGAAGUUCGUCGGCAGGUGGAGAUUUCUCAUAUGACCUUGAUCAGGAUGGAAGCAGCGCCGAUGAGUCCUCCAUCCAUGCACCGGUUCCGCGGCAUCAUGACAUACUGAGCCUACGAAGAGUGUCCAGCUUUGCGGUUGAAGGUGCGAGCGACUGUGAGGAUGAGGGAUUUUGGGAUCUCCGACCAGAUUGGUACGAACGUGCCAGGGCUCGAACUGUUUCAUCCCUGACAUUGGCGCAGUUGAACUCCAGAGAGUCUGCAGGCAGCAGUGAUGCUCUCGGAGGUUCUCUGGCGCUUCGCCUAACGAGCAAGAAGCGAUCCAUGCCAGAGACAAAUCCCAUGACGACUGCCCAGAGACUGCGCUGCUUGGAGUCCAAGUUCGAUGCUUACAAGACCAAAGGAAGACGGAUGGCAGUCAUGGAUGGCUUCUUCCCGAAGCUUCUGCACAGUCCUCAGAUAAAGAUUCCGUUGACCCCGGAAGAGUUUGUGGCUUUGACUGCAACAGAAGUUGAUGCCCUAAAGUACCUGCACCCUCACCCACGAGAUUUGCGGGUGCAGUUUUUCCAGCAGGAGCACAUGUAUUUCAUCGACAGUCAAAAAACACAGGGCUCCGUCACGAGCAUGAUCCACACUUUCGGCCACCACUUCGACGCCGACGCUGUCAUUGCAGCCAUGUGCGCUGGCCAUCGGUGGCCUCGGGCCGGCUAUCUAAAGGAGGACAUCACCUUUGGCAGCAUUCACAAGUUGCACCUCUUGGCCCCUGAGCUUCUCCAUAUGCUUGCAGGUCGACCCAGAGAUGAUGUCCGCAUUUGCGAAGUCCUACAACGGCUCCGCCUGCAUUUCGACAUUGAGGUUGAGAUAAGCGCAUUGACGUUGAGUGCACAGACCAUCAAAGAAGUUUGGAAGGCCCGUGGCGCCGAAGCUGCUCACUAUGGCACGUACAUGCACUACAUCUUCGAAGCUUAUCUCAACGGUCACAGCGUGCCAGACUCACCUGAAUUGCGCAUGAUGUGCAAAUUUCUCGCGAGCAUGCCAACUACCUGCGUUGCAUGGCGUACCGAGUGGGUCAUCUUUGGCGAAGACGAGGAUUUGGCUGGAUCCAUCGAUUUUGUUGCGAGAGACAGCGAUGGCACUUUCUUGUUGGUCGACUGGAAACGAACAUCAGGCUUGGGUGCAGACACGUCAGCCCAUCGCGCACGCAAGAUGCUGCCACCGUUGCAGGAUUUGCAGGACACAAAAGCAGUGCACUAUGAUCUCCAACUGAAUGCUUAUCGCUACAUUCUGGAGAAGUACUACGACGCGAGUGUGUCCGAAAUGUUCGUUGUGUGUUGUCACCCGGAACAUGGCGACUCGCCGUUCGUGCGCGUUGUGCCAAGAUUGGCGCAAGCGACCGAUGCGAUGAUGGCUGCAUGGCGCGAUUGCAAAUGUGGGGCAGAUCGAAGAAGCGCAAAACGACAGCGGCUCAGGUCAGGCGUGCUUCAUUCCUUCACCGCUUUCUUCGAGUGCUACCCACAGGCCGUGGCUCUGCUGCCUAAUGAACGGGACUUCGAGGCUGCAUCGAAGCGAUGCUGGGAAAAGACGAUGUGCACCGCCAGGACGCUGCUCAAACUCCUUGCGGAGAAAUAUCAACAGAAAAACUAUGUCAUCUAUAUGUUCGUUCACUCCAUGCUGAGGAGUAACCCAGAUCUACAGAGAAGAAUGGAAGGUCUUAUCCCACACCCCUCUGUGGAUGACCCUUCGUUGCGCGACUGGCUCGGUGCCAUGGUCGGCUUUCUCGCGGUGUAUUGUCCUCGAUGCUGUGAUGCUCGGGAUCGGCGCCGCUGGAGCACUGUGGACAUAACAGCUGCCGGUGGGACUUCAACAUCCGCAGAUCUUCCCGGUGGAUCCCUGCCACAAGACGUGUUGAAUCAGCUUCCAGCCUUUUUCUUUUCUCUUCCAUAUCUUCAGGCGCUCGCCUGCACAUGCUCUCAUGUGUUCAGAUCCAUGCGAAGGCUGGAGCAUUGCAGAAACUGUUGCAUUCCGAUGGACAGUGAAGAGUUCCAUGACGAGCAGGUACUGCGACAAUUGCAACCUGUCUGUGCUGCAGCUCGCAGUCUGACCAUCGCGACGAAACAGUUGGUCAUGUUCCAAAGUGUGCCUGCAAAUGCUUGCAUAGUCUGGCGUGUGAAUGCUGUGGUUCGGCAUCGGGCAACGGGCAACCGGGUGGUCGGCUUUCUGUCGGACAAUCCCUUGUUGGGUCACGCUGCUUUCGAUUUAUGGCUGCCACGUCGAGUUUCGGGCAUCUACAUUGGCGUCCGUCAGUGGCAAGGAGAGGAACGUCGAAGUUACUUCAGGGUCGACAAUCUGUUCCGUAACGAUACCACAUGGUCCUUCGGCUUCAAUGACCGCCCAAUGCAGCCUCAUCCCGGAAGAGAACGGUACCGAAUACUACCUGAUGCUGUCAAUCGCUUCCACAUGCAGUGGAACCAGCACUCAUUCAAGAUAUGCUUGAACGGCGAUGGUGUAUCUUCUGUCAGUAAUCGUCAGCAGCCAUUGACAGCUGCGCUUGCCCAGGUCUUCGUUUGGGUGUAUUGCAGGCCCGAUGCCCAGGGUGCUGAAGCGAACUUGAAGCCUUUGCCGUCAUUCAUACAGCUUAGUGCAGAAGUGAAGUGUGCUGUGUGCGCGCGGGAGUUUGGCAUCCGUGAUCUGCGAUGGGCUGUCUGUCCUGAUUGCGGCACUUGGAUAUGCAGACAUCAUGUGCAGAGAUCUCCAGCGAGACUGUGCCCGCGUUGUCCGAACAUUCUGCUGGACUACGUGGGAGGAAAGGCGUCGGCCAACUUUGAUCAGGUCGAGCAGCCACAGCUUCCCGGAUUCCCGCAGGACCUUCACCAACAACAUGUGGACAGUGGGUUUCCAGACUCUGACAGGCCAGGAGAUGUCUCAGGUGGCUCCGCAUACGCAGCAGAUCUACCUCAAGACGUGCUGCUUAGUUUGGCAACUUGCUUUGCAUGUCCAGAUUAUUUGCAGAGGUUCCAAGCGUGCUCUCGCAAUUGUCGCCGCGCAGUGCUGGACCCUAAUGCUUGGCAGGGCCAAGUAAUUGACAUGGAACCACGAGGCCCAAACUUAGCACAGUUUCUCCGUGCGGCACGUCUGGUUAGCUUGUGGUCCAGAGCUGAUGCAGUGGUUCUUCCAUCUGGGCGGCUCUCUAAGAUGCCGCAAAUGCUUCAGAACAUGCGAAUUGGCUGGCAGUUGGAGUACAAGGCAGCACAAGACGUUCUCAGCACAUUGACAAGCUAUCUUUGGGAAUCAUCCCGCCCUCUUUUCGGCCAGGCCGAGUUUUCUGUCACUAUGAAGCAUCCCGCCACUGCACUGAUCGUGGGCGUGCGUGGGACUGACGUGCGUACUGGUAUGUUUCGGAGCACAUACUGUAGGUUUCAGCGCCCGUUUCGGGAAUCAAUGUCUGCUGCUUACAGUAUGUACGGAGAACAACCUAUGCCGGUGACCUGCCAGCGGGGACCGCAGCUCCCAGCAAGUGCAACACACCAUGUGAAAGUGGCAUGGUCAGAACGCAGGCUGACAAUUUGGCUUGACGGAUGCUUACAACCAAGUCUGCAGCUGCGGCCGCAAACACCUUCCGGCCCCGGUCCUCAUUCAAUAUUUUUCGCAAAGAUUUUCGCUUUGCCAAACUCAGGGCGUGACGAUUUUCUUAUGCGAGCUUUACCAAGCAAAAUCGAGGAGCAGUGCGUCAUCAAGUGUCACUCCUGCAUGUACACGAGCCGGCUUUCCACCCGUAGCUGCCUGUUGUGUGACCAGUGUCUACAUUGGUUUUGCUUCAGGCACAUACAGAUUGCGGGGCCUGCAGCUUUAUGUGCUCCGUGUGCAGAGACAGUGAUCGACGUGCUCGGCGGCGCAACCGCGCUCGAAGAAGUCACUAUGGCCUGCGGGGCAGCGGCUGCUUCAGGUCUGGCCAACAGUUCAGCUUGUGCAUCCCAGGAAACUCACAUGCCAGCAAUCGGGGAGAGAGUUGAUGAAGAGGAAGCAGAAGCAGUUGCCAGCCAUCAGUCUCAGGCAGGUGAUCAGCCUGUUGCGGAAACAGAAGCAGUUGCGCAGCAAGACGAACGGCUGACGCAGGAACUGGAAGCCAUGUUGGCGGAUGAUGAAGUUGGCAAACAAAACAGCUUGCUCCAACAAGCCAGGCAAAGACGUAAUUUGCCAGGGGCUUCCGACACGAUGAAAAGCUUCGCAAAAACGUUUCGAAGUUUUCGGGCUCUUGCAGAUCAGAAGCUGCAAGACAUCGUCCCCAUGCAGAGUUCGGAGGAGUCAAGCAUUCCUGAGCAUGUGGCACGAAUCCGCCGACAGGUCUUGCACCGAUUUCCAGAUAUGGACGAGCAGCUCGUUCGCGUGACCGUUGGCGCUGUGGCCGUAUACAGAUUAAGGCUCACUGACAUACAUCUGCGAGAGCUGAUCAUGCUCUUGUGGAUCGUCGAAGGCGAGUCACAUAUGAGAUGUCAUCACGGGAAUAUUUACUUUUUCCACAAUGGUGCCUUUACAGUGCAUAGAGGAGUUCCGCCACAGGGUGCACUUGCUAGAUGCAAGCGCUUCUUUCUUCGCUUGGAAGGCUUGUUCCGCCUCAUGGGUUCGCCACGUCUGGUCACCGACGGUGACGUCUUGGAUCAGGUUCAUCGCCUGUUUGUCGCACAGAACAGCUCCGCCCAGUAUCUUUUGAAUGCUUGCGAGGACGCAGCAAAAAACCACAUUCCCAGCGUCAAGGGCCGCCAGGCCCGAUCAUCGCGGGCGCUCGAAGCGGAUGAAGACAUGCCACAGCAAGAUGGGCAUGCGCAGGAAGGCCCUACGUCUCGCUGUCAAGGCACCGCAGACUCUCUUGCCAGAGCAUGUGGCUCAUUGCAAAAUAAACUCCUGGAUGACAAGAUUUUCAAUCUUGUGGUGGAAUGGUGCGAGAGUGUACAGACACGAGCUGCCGGAGUAUCAUACACCGACUGUGCCAUGCUUUACGACACAGCUCCUGGUCAGCACGUUGUGCCUGCACGGGGGGUGCCUGAGGACAACAUAUACGUUCACAUUCCGCAUCCGCUGCUGAGCAACAUCGGCGACCCAGCUUUUCAAGCUGCAAGUGACAGGCUUGAGAAGUUCUAUGCGGAGACCUUCUGGUUGAACAACGAUGUCUUUGCUUGCAAUCAAGCGGCCAUCGCGCUAGCCAAGAGAGGUGAGAACAUCGUGCGAUGCUUCAUUGGAGUAAGUCCGGGAGGUGUCGGGCAAUCCUUGUACAGUUCCCAUCUCCACGCAGUCUACGCUCCGAAUCACGCUUUCAUCGACCCGAAUAUUUGGUACGAUGAGCACGAGAUGAGGAAGCAAAUCGAGCAGUCGGCUGGUUGCUUCAUCUUGACAGCGCAGGAGAAGCCCGAGAACUCUCGCCGGAUGCGAGAGGACCUGUUCAAAAAAACCAUGUCGGCCGACGGGAUUGCUGGCCGAAGGCCGUAUGGUCUACAGACGCGGAUGAUCGAAUUAGUUGGAUGGAAGAGGUACGAAGUAAACAGCAUGAUUCGUUUUGCAAAUGUCUGUGAGAGAAAUUUCCCAUCGGCUAACAGACGAGGCUGUGUGUGGCACCCAAAGGCACGGUUCAUCGAUGAGGCCAUCAUUGCUGGCCCGUAUCCCGAUGCGAAUCGAGACGGCUACUUCAAGAAAGAUGAGGAACUCAAAGCGUUUCUGAAGAGCCCACCUUGUGUGGCAGCUGCUCUGCGAUUGCAGCACGCAUUCGAGACAAGUCAUGGGCCACAAGAUUGCAGGCAGAUGAUUGAGGACCUCGCCAGCCAGCCUCUGACGGAGGAUUCUAUGAGGGAAGCAUGCGGUUUGCCUCCACGUCAUCGUUCAAGCGAGCCGGAGCCUGCGCUUGCAGUUCCAGUUGACCCAAGCAGCCAGGACGAAGAGAAGGAGUUGAUCCAGAAGCUGAGGAAUGUCGCUGCAGCAAUCCAAGAAUAUUGCCUCCAAACGAACAGGAAUCCGAUGACAAAGGGCAUGUGGAAGUAUGUGAAGUUGCCAGCGAACCAUCCUACAAACCUUGACAGAGAGAUGAUGUGGAAGGCUUUACUUGAACGCAAACUUUUGCUGCCUGUCAUCGAAAAAAGCGAGAAGUACAAGGAUGCUGUAAUCCCUUUCGUAGACGUGGGGAGGCCAUUGAGUGAGGUCGUCCCUCUCCAGAUAGAUACAGACGAGUGCUUACACCAAGAAGUGCAUGAUGUAGACGCAGCCAGAAAGUACAUACAAGGCAAUGGUGGCAGAGAAGCAAACGUAGCCACGAUCAUCAAAUACCUGGGUGCUGUGGCGAAGCACCUCAGGAAGCCUGGCAGAGCAGGCAAGCAGAGCGCUGCUCGGCACGACGAGAUUGCUUCACUGGAAAAGCUAUCCAAGAAAAUGUCGGACCGUGAAGAAACACUUGCAAGUUUCCUUGCCCAGCAAGAGAAGCAGGAGACUAUCGCCAAGAGGCGACGAACUGGCAAGACUCCUGGCUCACGCAUCGAGACUCCUGACUGUUCUUAUAACCGCUGUUUUCAAGGCCUUGUGCGUACGCGAGCUUAUGUGCAGGGCUUGGCAGCGCAGAAGUUCUCUCGCAGCAUGCAGCGUAUUCUUUGUCCUGACACACAUGACUUAGACAUUCAGAAUGCUGUGUUCGUGCUGUUAUCUCAGUUAUUGCACAAGCUGAAUGUCAAUUCCACAAUUCCAGAGCAUGUGCUGAAGACAAUGGAUGAAUGUGCCACCAAGAGAGAUGAAAUUUGUAAAAACGACCUGAAGGUUUCCGUUCAGGACGGCAAGAAGUUGCUGCACGAGAUUUUCUUCGGUUCCGGUAUACCUGCUACCCAUGCCAGCAAUGCGUUCUUGCUGCAACUCCAGAAGGCUGCAAUCUAUUGCAAGUGGCUUGCGUGCUCUCUGCUGCCUGAUGUCUUCCAGCGAGUCAUGACUUUGCCAGACAAGCCGAAUCCGCAGGCUUCGACCCUUUUCUACAUGUAUGCGGCAGUUGAAGAUUGUGUUCUCGAUGCCUGGGACCGAAGUUUGUGCGGACGGCGUCCGCGACAUGUUUCACUACAUUUCGACGGCAUCAGAGUGGGUGGGAUAGAUCCCGCCGUCGAUGUGAAGACUCUCUGCGAUGAGGCCACGCAGGCCAUCCGAGAGAAGACGGAGUUCGACGUCAGUGUCGUGGAGAAGCGUCACUUUUUCUUUAGAGAGCUAUGCCGAUCGCCUCCUGAGAGCUCAGAAGUUCCAGUCGAGCACGAAGAGCUUCUAGCGCAAGGGAAUUGCAUUCCUCUUGCUCUCGUUCGCUUGCUGCCAGACAGACUGGAAGAUGUCAUGAAGGUUCUCAACAAGAAAGACCACAAGAAUGCUGCCGCAAAAAGGACUGGUUCCCGAUGCUACAGCUUCAUGUUGAAAGAGCUUUCCAUACAAGUCGCGCCGCGAUACGGCUUGAGGCUAGAGGGUGCUGGCCAAUAUUUGCUGCACUCAGAGCAUGAUGGAAAUCCUCAUUGCCUCGGCUGCCACAUCCGAGACAAUGGUUUGGUGGAGAUUUGGGACGGCGUGUACAAGACCAGAAUGAACACGUCUGAGCUGAUCCAGUUCGGCGCAGCAUCGCUGGAUUCCAGUACCAUUGCAACCUUCCAGAUCGUUGGAGAUGCCGAACCUGACCCCGAUGCCGCUGCAGAUGCAUCUGCUUGCUCUAUUCUGCUGGGUUUGCACGCAGGUGCCGGCGAGCUGCAGGAGGAAUGGUCAGAAUGUCUCCAGGACGUUUGCGAAUGUGUAGGUCCUGAUCCUGGUUCCGAAGAUGAAUGUGAUGUGAUGGACGAAGAUGAGGACGAAGUCGUGGUCAGAGUUGGUGACUCUUUGCUCACGCAGCUUCGGCAAGAGGUCGAGCGGUGUGCAAACACAGUGGGACGCAGAGUACAUCGAUGCCCACUGUGUCCGUUCAGGCGGUUCCAAGCACCAUCCAGGUUGCAGGAGCACAUUUGCAGAUAUCACACGGAAGCACGCCAGUUUAUCUGCAGUGGCACGAAGCAAUUGAAGGUUUGUUGUGCCUUGUUCGAUCACGACCAGAUCCAGGGAUGUGCUCGUGGGAACUAUUUGGCCAGAAGCUCGGAGCUACUGAGAAGUAUGGUCGCUCCAGCGUUGUCUCACACGGCCAAUGAGAUUGAUCGUGAAAUCCGCUUGGUGCUGACCGGUCGAGGACCUGAGUACUGGGCACAAUCGUCUCUGCAAAGUUCCAAUGUGAGGCGAGUCAGGAACCUUUACUACACCCAUGAGUUUGCGGACCUUGUUUACCAGGAGCUUCUGCUAUGCCAUGCGAAGUGCAAGACUGCGAAACCCAGGAUCCUCGUUUCCAUCAUGGCGCGAGGGUCACAGUUGGCCUCUUUGUUGCCUACGGAUGUCCGGCACUGGUGGCCAAUCAUCGAAGACGUCUUUACAUCGCCAGCAGUCGCUUCUCUGACUGUCAAGCUGCUGACCACCUUCCGCGACCUGAGGGAGUUUCAAGUUAUCUCUAUCGAUGCAACCAUAAAAUGUUGCAUGGGAGUUCUUGGGCAAGAAUCCUACCGCGCACCUAAAGCAAAAAGAGAUCAGGCCCCGUUCGACGACGACCAUGCGUUCAGGCGGGUUCUUACGGUCAGAGGGCGUACAAGUGCCGUGCUUGGCAUGUGUGCGAUGGCAUCAGAAAAGGCUGAAGAUGUCUGUAUGGCCCUGUCGGAAAUGCUUCCGGCGGAUGGGCUUGGUCAAGUGCAGUUCCUGUCAUCGGAUUGUGCCUCAACCAAGCUCUAUGCCGAGUUGAAGUGCAUUAUGCCCAACCUACAGUGUCUGGCGCUUGAUCCUAUCCACCUCUGCAUCGUUUACGAGUAUGCGACAUGGCGGAAAAAAACGCCAGGCGCUGUGUUCCUCCGCAAAAUCAUGCACAAGUUCAACAUGGUGGAUGCAAGUCUUCCUUCUCAGCACUGGGGUCAUUUCUACAGAGGCUACGAUAGCCGUCAACUUAGCCAGCAGGAACAGACGCGCAGAACCUACAUUGAAACCGGUGCUUUUGCCAAAGGCAAAGCUCGUAAAAUUGUAGCGGAGAUGGACAGCUCGAAGCCCUUUCUUUGCAGACUGGAGUUCAUUGAAGCGUUGGCUGCACUGGCUGCGGUUUUCAACGAGGACAUGGGACGCAAGGUAACUGGAGCCAAUCAAUGCAUCUCCCACAUACUCUGGUGUGCUGCUGAUCCUGAUCGUGCUGAAUGGUACUUCAACAACCAGCGGUUCAGGCACACGCUGAGUCACGGCCUUAGUUAG